UCGUGCUCCAUAUUUAUACGGCACCCUGGCGCGCAGAGAAGCACAGGCAUGCCGCGACUCUAAUGAGACAACGCACACAAGUGGGACUUGAGGAGCUCGAGCGAAGCGAACAACCUGUGUGUGCAGUUUCCGAGGACAACGAAUACGCACGAGAGGAGUUCAUCUGUCACUUGUAUUUGCAACAGUUCGUUGUGCAAGUGAACUUGUUGUUCUCAGAGAUCCCUGAGUACAAAUACACCGCCAGACAUCAUGCAGGAGUCUGAGCCCACAGUGUGCCAGCUGCAGCCCAACAUCAUCUCGGUGCGUCUCUUCAAGAGGAAGGUGGGUGGGCUGGGCUUCCUUGUCAAGCAGCGCGUCUGCAAGCCGCCCGUCAUAGUGUCCGACCUGAUCCGGGGCGGGGCGGCCGAAGAGUGUGGCCUGGUCCAGGUGGGGGACAUAGUACUGGCAGUCAACAACAAGCCCCUGGUGGACCUCAGCUAUGAGCGGGCCCUGGAGACCCUGAAGAAUGUGUCCCCUGAGAGCCACGCUGUCCUCAUCCUCAGGGGCCCAGAGGGCUUCACCACCCACCUGGAGACCACCCUGUCUGGGGACGGACAUCAGAGGACCGUCAGGGUCACCAGGCCAGCCUUCCCCGCCUCCAAGUCCUACGAGCGCUGCUGUCCGUUAAGCCCCCUUAGCCCGGGGCAGGGAGGCAAGGACCCACAGCAGCUGAGAGCCAUCGAGAACCUGUCCUCCCCCUCGGUGACCCCGUUCCACAGAGAGGCACUGCUCCAGAGGGGAGGGGUGCAGGCACUGAUCGCAGCCCAAGAUCCCAUGCUCAGAGACGGGGGCCGCGGGGCGCUGCUGCUGAACGGUGUGGAGGAGAACAACGACAUGCUGAAGGAGAUCGAGCCGGUGCUGCGGCUGAUCAAGAACAGUAAGAGGGAGAUCAACGGAGAGGAACAGAGGACCAUAGAGAGGAGGGACGCUGAGGUGCAGGUGGACCGGGACCUUGGUAUGGGAAAUGGUAUGUCACCCCAGCUGGCGUCUGAUAAGGACAGUGUGUGUGAAGACCUGUGGAGGAAGGACAACAACGUGCAGACGGUGUUCCCCAACCCUUACUCUGAGAAGGACGAGCCUCCAGCACAGGGGAGGAUCUCCCCUAACAAGGCUCUCGUGAAUGGCAGCCCCUCCAAAUGCCCACGCUUCAUGAAGAUCAAAAAUGUGGAGACUGGAGUCACUUACAACGACACUCUACACCACAGCUCUAGUAAGUUGCCGCUCUGCUCUGAGUGUGUGUGUUUCGGGUCCAUCAUGACACCUAGCCAGGGGAGCCGCAAGCCAGACGAAUCUCGAACCAAAGACGAGCUGCUGCCGCUGGCUACUGACUUCAUAGACCAGUACUACACCAGCAUCAAAAGGUUUGGCUCGAAGGCCCACGUAGACCGGCUGGAGGAGGUGACUAAGGAGAUUGAGGUCUCAGGGACAUACCAGCUGAAGGACACUGAGCUUAUCUAUGGAGCCAAGCACGCCUGGAGGAACGCUGCCCGCUGUGUAGGACGCAUCCAGUGGUCCAAACUACAGGUAUUUGAUGCCAGAGACUGCACAACGGCUCAUGGAAUGUACAAUUACAUCUGCAACCACAUCAAGUAUGCCACUAACAAAGGCAACCUGAGAUCUGCCAUUACCAUAUUUCCUCAGAGGACAGAUGGCAAGCACGACUUUCGGGUAUGGAACAUACAGCUGAUUCGCUAUGCCGGUUACAAGCAGCCCGAUGGUCAGAUUCUGGGAGACCCAGCCAACGUGGAAUUCACUGAGAUCUGCAUCCAGCAGGGCUGGAAGGCUCCCAAGGGUCGUUUUGACGUGCUGCCCCUCCUGCUGCAAUCCAAUGGGAACGACCCAGAGCUGUUUGAGAUCCCUCAAGACCUUAUUCUGGAGGUGCAGAUCACCCAUCCCAAGUAUGAUUGGUUCAAGGACUUGAAUCUGAAGUGGUACAGCCUACCUGCAGUAUCUAGCAUGCUGCUAGAGGUGGGGGGGCUGGAAUUCACCGCCUGUCCGUUCAGUGGCUGGUACAUGGGUACAGAGAUCGGAGUCAGGGACUUCUGUGACAGCUCUCGUUACAACAUCUUGGAGGAAGUGGCCAGUCUGAUGGCUCUGGAUACCAGAAAGACCUCUUCUCUAUGGAAGGACCAGGCACUGGUGGAGAUCAACAUAGCAGUUCUCUACAGUUUUCAGUCUUCUAAGGUAACCAUAGUGGACCACCACUCUGCCACAGAGUCCUUCAUGAAGCACAUGGAGAAUGAGAUCAGGGUGCGGGGGGGCUGCCCGGGGGACUGGGUCUGGAUCGUACCCCCAAUGUCUGGAAGCAUCACCCCAGUGUUUCACCAGGAGAUGCUCAACUAUCGCCUCACGCCAUCCUUCGAGUAUCAGGCUGACCCGUGGAAUAACCAUGUGUGGAAAGUAAACAAUGGGACACCCACCAAGAAAAGAGCCAUUGGCUUCAAGAAACUGGCCAAGGCUGUGAAGUUUUCAGCCAAGCUAAUGGGCCAGGCCAUGGCUAAGAGGGUCAAAGCUACGAUACUAUUCGCCACCGAGACCGGAAAGUCUCAAGACUAUGCAAAAACCUUAUGUGAGAUUUUCAAGCAUGCCUUUGAUGCAAAGGUGAUGUCAAUGGAUGAGUACGACAUGGUGGACCUGGAGCAUGAAACACUUGUGUUGGCGGUGACCAGCACAUUUGGCAAUGGAGAUCCACCUGAAAAUGGAGAGAAAUUCGGAGCUGCCUUGAUGGAGAUGAGACAUCCAACAUCUAACACAGAGGACCGAAAGAGUUACAAGGUGCGUUUCAACAGCGUGUCCUCCUACUCAGACACCCGCAAAUCCUCCAGUGACGAACCUGAGCCCAGGGUCAACUUUGAAAGCACCGGACCGCUCGCCAACGUCAGGUUCUCAGUGUUUGGCCUUGGCUCAAGAGCCUACCCACACUUCUGUGCUUUUGCCCACGCUGUGGACACGCUGCUCGAGGAGCUGGGGGGGGAGCGCAUCCUACGCAUGGGGGAGGGAGAUGAGCUGUGUGGCCAGGAAGAGUCCUUCAGAAACUGGGCCAAGAAGGUUUUCAAGGCUGCCUGUGAUGUGUUCUGCAUUGGAGACGUGAACAUCGAGAAGGCACACGAUUCGUUGAUCAGUAAUGAUCGAAGCUGGAAGAAGAGCAAAUUCCGCCUCACCUACACAGCUGAGGCCCCUGCACUAACACAAGCACUCUACAGCAUCCACAAGAAGAAGGUCUAUGGAGCCAAGAUCUUACAGAGCGAAAACCUACAAAGUUCCACAUCCAACAGUCGCUCCACCAUAUUUGUUCGACUUCACACAAAUAACGAGGACAGCCUGAUGUACCAGCCCGGCGACCAUCUGGGCAUCUUCCCUGGCAACCAUGAGGACCUGGUUACUGCCCUUAUAGAGAAGCUAGAGGAUGCCCCACCUGUCAAUCAGAUCGUCAAGGUGGAGUUCCUAGAGGAGAGAAACACAGCCCUAGGUGUGAUCAGUAACUGGCUAGAGGAGCCUCGGAUUCCCCCCUGCACCAUCUACCAGGCCUUCCAGUACUUCCUGGACAUCACCACACCCCCCAGCCCUGUCCUGCUGCAGCAGUUUGCCUCCCUCGCCACCAAUGACAAGCAGAGGAAGAAGUUGGAGACUCUCAGUAAGGGCUUGCAGGAGUAUGAGGAAUGGAAGUGGUACAACAACCCGACUAUGGUGGAAGUUUUGGAGGAGUUCCCCUCUAUUCAGAUGCCAUCCACCCUGCUGCUGACCCAGCUGCCUUUGCUCCAGCCCAGAUACUACUCCAUUAGCUCCUCACCGGACGUCCACCCUGGGGAGAUACACCUCACCGUGGCCGUGGUUUCAUACAAAACUAGGGAUGGAGAGGGCCCUAUCCACCAUGGAGUGUGUUCAUCAUGGCUCAACAGAAUAGAGGCAGAAGAAAUGGUCCCCUGCUUUGUUAGAGGUGCUCCUACAUUCCGAUUGCCAAAGGACCACAGAGCUCCGUGUAUCCUAGUUGGUCCAGGCACUGGGAUCGCCCCCUUCAGAAGCUUCUGGGAACAGAAACUUUUCGAUUAUGAACGCAAUGGGAUCAAAUCCUGCCCUAUGAUCCUGGUAUUUGGGUGCCGGCAGUCCCAGAUAGACCACAUCUACAAGGAGGAGACUAUCCAGGCUAAGAACAAAGAGGUGUUCAAAGAGCUCUACACAGCCUACUCCAGAGAGCCUGGUAGACCAAAGAAAUAUGUGCAGGAUGUGCUUCGUGAGAAGCUGUCAGAGACUGUGUACCAGUGUCUGAGGGAGGAGGGAGGACACAUCUAUGUGUGUGGGGACGUGGGUAUGGCCGGGGAUGUCCUCAAGACCGUCCAGCAGAUCAUCAAAUUGCAGGGAAACAUGACACUGGAGGACGCUGGCUUCUACAUCAGCAAACUCCGAGACGAGAACCGUUAUCACGAGGACAUCUUCGGUGUCACGCUGCGUACCUAUGAGGUCACCAACCGGCUGCGUUCAGAAUCCAUCGCCUACAUCGAGGAAAGCAAAAAGGACUCUGACGAGGUGUUCUGCUCGUAGAACCAUAAGUGGGGCUUCCGGAUCUUUCUGAUGUGGACCAAUUGGAUGGGCCGUAUGCAGCAGUGGAGCAGGGAAAUGAGUGACACUACAGCUGGUCGAUAAUACUGUGCCAAGUUUUGUACUGUAAAAAAUAUUUUGGGGUUUGUUUUUGUUCUUUUUUUAUACCAGUUCUGCUUCGUCAUGGUCAGUCAGGCUCUGCACUUAGUCUGUAGUAACGUUUGAAAUAUUUUAUUUUACAAGAACAUUGAGAUGUUUUGUUAAAUGGAUUACUUUCUGAUUUCAUUAUGCAUCAUAAUGUGCACCCAGUAUUUCUGCCACUUUGUUGAUGCAUGAGCAAGAUGAGAAUAUUAGUAAAUAAAUAUAUCAUACUGUUUGUUAGCUAUUUAAUGUUAGUCAAAACCUUUUGCUAGACUUUUAUAUUUGCAGGACUACUUGUGGUACCUGGAAACAAGGUCACAAUGCUUUGAUUGGCGAUUCAGUCUGAGUUCCAUUCCAACCAACUGAUUCUGGUGCAUUUCAGCGUAUACAAGGCCAAACCCAUGUCAGUCAGAGCUGGUCUAGUCUGCUUUGGUGUGUAUUGUUCAUAACUGAGAUUCCAGUAUAUAUUUUUUAUUUUAUUAUUUUUUUAAAGGUUUUGUAAGAGUGCGGGAGAGAGAGAAAGGGAUGGAGAGAAUGAAAGAGGGAGAGAACUAGAUACAGACAGGCUAUGCUCGGAGUGCAGUGAAUAACUAUGAACUGGAUUUGGUUAACCUAUGACCUCAACCUUCCGGCCACACGGUCAUCCAAAACUACAACAGUGUUCAGACUCUCCUUGAAAGUCCAUUAAAAUGCAUCUGCUCCUCUUGUCAGUUUUUUCUGUUUCCUGCCUGUCUAUUUCUCCGCCUGCCUGUCAGAAUAUAAGUUGUCUCCCCAUUUUGUGGUUUGGUUUCACAACAGUAACUGCAUAUAGAUGUGGACGAAAGCCAUUGAAAUGUCAUGUCAUGUCAUGCCAUGGGAAAGCCUAUGCAUGUGCAUCUCUUGUAUACAUUCUCAUAACCAAUAUUUAAGUAUAUUACACACAAAAACAACUACGUAUAAUCUAGAGGGCUCUGCAUCUUAUAAAUGAUAUAUAAUAUUAUCAAAGGAAAAGUCCAUGGUACAUAUCUGACUGCCUUCCUAUUUAUUCGCUAAGACCAAAUGCUGAGGUAUUGAGGUGCUGUCUGAUGGCUUGAAAGUCAUUUGCAUAGUAUUUACAAUGGGAAAUAGUAAGGAACGGAUUCAUGAUUUCCAAUUAAUCAAGAGGUUGGUUGUUGGGUUGCUAUACUUUGCUGGUUCUCCUUGACCAACCAUUACCAUAUCCUUGCGAUCUCUGUUUUUACCAUCAUUAUAACCUUCCAUGUAACCAGAGUUGUAUAUAUGGCUAUGUGUAUGUAACUAUCCAUGUAAAGGAACCCUGCAGUGUCUGUCUUAUCAGAUCUGGAUUUAGGGCAGAGUGGCGUAAAUCUCAUGAGGCAGAAAUCUCGAAUAGCAGAAAUCUCAUAUUGACAUCAGUGCACGAGUAGAUGAGUGUUGCUUUAUGGUUUUAGCGUUCCUUCAUGUCUGUCUGUGUCGUUCACUCAGUAACUCUAUCCCUCUUUCUCUCUGCCACCACCUCCCACUGCCUGCCCACAUUACUUGUGAUGCUGCCACAGCUCGCCCUCUCCUCCCUCCCUCACUGAGACCUGACACCUGUCGGAAGGUCUGUCAAGUGCUGUGUGUGUGCGUGCAUGCGUCCAUGAAUGCUGUGUGAUAACCACUACAAAAUACUAAAGUACUUUUGCGAAAACAAAAUGUAUUUGUCUGCAUGUGUUCUCCAUUCACUGUAACCAUCCACUUAAUACCUUCACAUGCUCUUUGUCUUUGUUGAGAAUUAAAUGAACCUUCCUUCUGCCCCCCUGCACACACACCAACCUGGAAUGCUACAGCAUGUGUGCCCUCUGCAAACCCAAACAAUUCUGAUUGCAUUUUCAAGAUCAAGAAAUGGAUCAUACAGGUCAUUGCUUUUGGUUGUUGUCAUUACAAUUCAACUAUGUUGAGUUUACUUAAUUAUAAAAUAAGGUUAAGGAUGAUAUCUUAAUUAUAAUGAUAUGUUUAUUGCUGAUGGGUUUUCGGCGCAAGCUCGUGUCAAAGCACUGUUUUCACUUUGUUUCCCACUUUUCACUGAGCAUCAUUUGAAGGCCAUGCCUUUGCAGGGCUGCUCUGAGUCACGUUUCUAUUCUAAACAUGUCAUUGACAUUCGUGAUAACAUUUCCAAUGGUAACCAACUCCGCAGUAACCUGUGGCUUUUCUUUCUUCCUGAAGUACUUCCUUUGUUUCCAAACUAAAAUGGCCACCAGCAUGAUUGAAAUGUAAUGGCUUUCUGUGUUCUGUCUCUCUGCUACUUACUGACGCAUAUAGAGUACGUUUUUAAUGGGGAACUUUUUUUGUUUUUGUUUGGGGAGAAAUAGGCAAACAUGUUAAUUGUUCCUCUUGCUGAAUGUUUCCUUCUUCCACAUUAAUUUGUUUAAGCAGGUUUUGGGGGAUUUGAAAUGAGGGCUGCCAAAACUCUGAUGUAAAACGUGCAACAACAAAAAAAAUAUAUAUAAAUAUAGCAUAUAUACUAAGACAAAGAAACAAAACAGAACUAUUUGAACUAACUUUUUCUAAGAAUGUAUUUUGAUUAUAUUAUAUAAUUAUUAUUGUUAUGUCUCUUCUGCUUGGUAAAAAGAACCCAUGAGAAAACAAACAAGGACUACAGUGGUCUCCCUGAUAUCCUUUAGGCACGGGAAGAACCACAGCACCAGCUGAAUGCAUGAUGUACUGUACCUCUGUGUCCUCUUUAAAAAAAAAAAAAAAAAGCUCUGUCUACCUACCAGCACUGUGUCACUCAGUACGACUGUGACUCCAUCCAUACAGUGUGAUGGGACAGACGGUUGAUGUGCUCAAGGGGUUUCUGUGUUUGUAUCGCUGCUGCUAAACUCCAACAACCCAAACAGCCUCUGCUAUAUGCUCCUUGGUGUGGAAUUGAUCAACCUUGGCGGUUUCCAUUUUAAUGCAUACUGCAAGGAACUUUGCAUUUACUUAAUAAAAAAAAACAUUAACAGUAUAUGUCAA